GCCACGCAUUGUCUGCCCCCCGCCCUCCCUCAGCUUGUCAGGAAGCAAGCUGAUUGGUCGAGGCCUAGCAAAGAGUGCCCGGGGAUCCAAAACUGCAGGCCGCACUUAGCUUACCGUCAAAAAUAAACCAAAAACAAUAAUAGACGAAACAGAGGAGGGGGAGAAACACCAAAAGAGUCCGAAGACGACGUUAUCAGAGGGAUCGAUUGCAUUGGUGGGAAGAAGCACGUUUAAAUGCUGUUUUUAUUUUAAGGUUCUGCGCAUCAAAUGUGAAGUUUUCAGGCAGUUUUCUUUUUCUCCGGCUUAAACAUGGACCAAGGAGGGGGUGUGUUGGAGUUACACACACAGGAGCUGAAGAUGCCCCACGCUAUGAUCAUGCAAGACUUUGUUGCAGGGAUGGGUGGCUUGGCACACAUCGACGGUGAUCACAUUGUGGUGUCCGUGCCCGAGGGCAUGCUUCUUUCUGACGUGAUGACGGACGAGGGCAUCCUCCUGGAGCACGGCUUGGAGGUUGAGGGCCUGGAGACUCGGGUCGUCGAAGGCCUGGAAACCGAAGUUGUCGAAGGUUUACACACAGAUGUGGAGGGUCUGGAGGCAGAGGUGGUUGACGGGCUACAGACACAAGUGGUGGAGCUGGAGGCGCAGGUUGUGGAAGGCCUAGACGGAGAAGUCGAGGUGGAGGGUCUGGAGGCACAUGUGGUCGAGGGACUGGAAUCUGAAGUUGAUGUGGAGGACCUGGAAGCUCAAAUUGUUGAGGGCCUUGAGGAGGAAGUGGAAGUGGAAGGCUUGGAAGCAGAAGUUGUAGAGGGUCUGGAGGUGGAUGUAGAAAGCCUGCAUUCUCAGGACGUGGACGGUCACGAAAUAGGCAAUGAGGACAUGGUGCACUCGGAGCAUAGUGUGAUCAUGCCGGACAACAUCCUGGGAACGGAGGUUGCAAUAGAGGCGGCUUUGGAACACCACCAUGUGCUGACCUCUGACCUUAUCCAAGAUGCCGACCACCAUGACGACAUGUCAGACCAGGUGUUUGUAGCAGAGCUUCUUUCGGACCAUCAGGAUAACACUCUGGAUCACCAACUUGUAGCAGAGGGCUUGAUGGUGACAGAGGCCAAUGCAGAGACCAUCAUUCACCAGCAGCUUCCAUCUGAGGCUGUUCCCCUGCAGAUGGAUGAGGAUGACGACGGGAGAAGCAGCUCCGAAGAUUACCUCAUGAUCUCCCUGGAUGAGGUGGGAGAAAAGCUGGACAUAGGAGACACCCCUCUCGAGAUUAGCACUGAGGUGAUGGAAGACAAGGAGUGCAAAGAAGACGCCGCCGCGGAAGUCAUCAAAGUCUACAUUUUCAAAGCUGAGGCAGAUGAUGAUUUGGGUGGAACAGAGGUGAUAACUGAGGACGAUUACCAAAAUGGCCACCCUGACCUUGAAGCAGCCUCAUCUGGAAGACUCGGGGUUGGCCGUGACAAGAUGGUCUACAUGGCAGUCAAGAAACAGCCCAAAAUCGAAGAGGAUGACGACGAGGACAGCGAUGAGGAUGAUGAUGACAUAAGUAAGACUAUAGAUGAGGUCAAGAAUGGUGCGGCGACAUCAUUUCUACAAAUCAGAGAAGGUUUGCCGACGAACCGUGGCCUCAAACCCAAAGCCAAGAAAAAGAAGAAAGGGGACGUUCGGCAGUGUCAGACUGCUGUCAUCAUCGGGCCGGAUGGCAUGCCCCUGACAGUCUACCCGUGCCACAUAUGUGGAAAGAAGUUCCGCUCACGAGGCUUCCUCAAAUGCCACAUGAAAAACCACCCGGACCACCUCCUCAAGAAGAAGUACCAGUGUACAGACUGCGACUUCACCACCAACAAGAAGAUCAGUUUCCACAACCAUUUGGAGAGUCACAAGCUGCUAAGCCACAACAGCGAGCGCUCACCGGAAUACACAGAGUACGCCCGGCGCUAUCACGAGUCCAGCCCGUUGGGCUCUGACAAACUAAUCGUCAAGGACCGCGAGCCCAAGCUGCAUCACUGUAAGUACUGUGACUAUGAGACGGCAGAGCAGGGCUUGCUCAAUCGCCACCUGCUGGCCGUGCACAGUAAGAACUUUGCUCACGUGUGCGUCGAGUGCGCCAAAGGCUUUCGCCACCCGUCCGAGCUGAAGAAACACAUGCGGACCCACACGGGCGAGAAGCCUUAUCACUGUCCGCACUGCGAGUUCCGCUGCGCAGAUCAGUCCAACCUAAAGACUCACAUCAAGAGCAAGCACGGCGCGGAUCUGCCUUUCAAGUGCAGCCACUGCCCACAGGCGUACGCAGAUGCGCGAGAACUCCAGCGUCACAUCGAGAUGGUGCAAGGCCACAAGACGCACCAGUGCCCGCACUGCGAGCACAAGAGCACCAACUCCAGUGACCUGAAACGACACAUCAUCUCUGUGCACACCAAGGACUUCCCCCACCAGUGUGACGUGUGCGAGAAAGGCUUUCACAGGCCUUCGGAGUUGAAGAAGCACGCCGAGACGCACAAGGGCAGCAAGGUGCACCAGUGCCGGCACUGUAACUUCAACGCCCCCGACACGUUCACCCUGAGUCGCCAUAUUCUUUCCCUGCACACCAAGGAACUUCCGUUUAAGUGCAAGCGGUGCCGUCGGGGCUUUCGGCAGCCGGCGGAGCUGAAGAAGCACAUGAAGACGCACAGCGGUAGGAAGGUUUAUCAGUGCCAGUAUUGUGAAUACAACAGUACGGACGCUUCUGGCUUCAAGCGCCACGUCAUCUCCAUUCACACCAAGGACUACCCCCACCGCUGCGACUUCUGCACCAAGGGCUUUAGGAGGCCUUCAGAGAAGAGCCAGCACAUGCAUAGACACCACAAAGACAUGUUAAUGUAAUGUCAUCACACUUAAAGAUCAACCCAAACCUGCCCCCCGUCAAUCUGUGUCACACACUUGGAGGUAAUUUUAGUGUAUUAAAAAUUCAAUGGUGUAGGCUAUCGAAGGCAACAACAUUAUAUUUGCCGUUCUGUGUUGUAAUGGGUGUAAAGCUCCUUCUCCUAAUGCCAGAACACAUUUUAGAUGGGAGUGAAAUCUUUAAAAAAUAUAUAUAUAUGACAAAAAAAUAUAUAUGACAGUGUGCACUGAGUGGGACAAGUGUAAAUUUUUUUCCCCCCCAAAAAAAAAAAAAAAUCACGUACGAACUUGUAUUCAGGUUUUCAAAUGUCUAUAUUUUUAUACCCACUCAGCUGAAAUGCUGCAGGAGAAUAACUGUGUUGGUAGAUAGAAAAUGCCGGUCCAUGAGCAUCAGUUCAGUUUUCCUCUGUACUACCGACUAGUAUCUUUAUUAAUCGGUUUUUAACUCACCAUUUGUUUUCACUGCUAUGUGUUGCACCAUUCUCAAGCUCCAAGAAAGCCUUUUAGUGAUGUUGAAAUACAGGACGCACCUUAGUUCACCGUUUUAUUCCCACCUUUUUACAUUUCCCUCACAUGAAUAUUGUUUGAUGGCCACAAUCUGUUCAAAAUCUAUGAAACGCUCAGUCGGGGUUUCAGGACUGAUCGGCUCAGUCGGGUCAAACAAAACAUGAUUAGGAUGGUGCUACAUAAUGACAGUUUUUGAAUUGGCAAAAUCUCUUUGCUUCGUAAUCGCUAACCACUUGGUGGUUUCCCGUGACCAAUAUAUAUCGUGUAUGAUGUUACCUAUGACACAGGGGUGCCCAGCUAACAAUACAGUUGCAAUCAUGCCUUACAUCUGCUGGUCUUUCUCACUUAAGCACUGAUGGACUCAGCCAAUCCGAUUUUUUAUUAUUAUUUUUUUUUAAACUCAACAUACUGUAUCAAUACCAUUCUCUCAGAGAUUGCGGUUGAGUCAGUAGAAGGCACUUUAAUAACUUGUAUUUUUUUGUAUUUGAAUUACAUGUAUGGGGUUUAUGCAUGUAUAUGGGUAUAUAUACAUAUAAACCCUGCAUAAAUGAUUACACAGCCUUGUGAGUGGCUAAAUGUUAUCUAUAGCAAGUGGGCACAAUACAGUUGUGGAAAGUGGUGGGUGAAACCAUUUAUUGUUCUGUUCCAUGGCGAAGUGUUUGGGUUUUGUGUUUGGUUUGUGCUCACUAACAAGUUUCCCCAGACCCUCAUCCUGCAGUCCUCCGUGUAAACCUAGCCCAAUCCCACAUUUGGAGUUAUACUCUUGUCAGUGGUCAUCAUAAUGGCAUUAGUCUAUAAAGUAUGCACAUAAGCUGUCUCCAUAAAAUUGUGGUAUAUACUCAAAUCCCUGCAUUUCAUGUACCAUCGUCUAUAUUUCCUUUCAAACUGAUUGUGGAUAAACUACUGCUGGGGAAGAAACCAAAAUAAACAAAAAUAUCUUUUUA